CGGCGAGAGAGAGCGAGCGGGCGAGCGAGCGAGCGCCCCCGAGGAACGGCACCACGAAGGGGAUGACGACAAUUUUCCCUCUGUCCUUCUCUCACCCGCCCCCCUCUCCCGCGGAGAGCCGGUCACCCUGCCUGAAGGCGCACCCUCGUACGACGGCACGGUCGUGGACACGAUUACUUCAGCACGGACACAUGUCGUAGCACGUCGGUCUCUCCCUCUGUCUCUCUCCUUCUUCCCGUUUCUUCCCUCCGUGCUCGCGCACCCCCCCUGGUCUCACCCUCUCUCUUUCUCUCUUUACUCCACCGUGCCCCCUCUCGCACUACUAUCCCCCCUCCUCUCUCGACCGGCGUCUCACCCUUCGUGGAUAUUUCCCGUAUACGUAUAUAUACGCCGAGAGCACGUAAGCGACCGAGAGAGAGAGAGAGAGAGAGAGAGAGAGAGAGAGAGAGAGAGAGAGAGAGAGAGAGAGAGAGAGAGAGAGACGAGUGGCGCGUGCUUAUCACGCGUGCUCGCAUACGUCGCGUCACGCACACCGCCUACACGUACCACCUCAAAACGCGACGACGCACCACCGCGGCGGUCGUCGGGACGGGACGACCAGCAGCAGGGUCGCGAGGAUCGCUCCGCGUGCCGCUGCCUGGCACCGGGGACACGGUUCCGCGCGCGCGGCGGCGAGCGCGUGUAUCCGCGCGCGCUACGUAAAAACGAGCAGAGAAAGUGACAGCUGCCACCACCGCCACCACCGCCACCAUCGCCGCCGCCGCCACCGCCGGCACGGGUGCUCAUGCUUUUAUUGAUCAAUAAUAUACGCUUGCCUGCCUUGCCUGUCUGCCUUGCCUAGUACUCGUCGUCGUCGCUCCGGGCCGCUCUCGCUUCGCCGUGAGCGACGUUUCUCUCGCGUUCUACCGUCGGCGCCGUCCUGAGAGGAUCCGGAGCCGGAAGACUCAGUAAAUGAGACCGCGUUCUCCCGUGGGAUGAUACCUUUAUCGUUCGAGUAAAGUCUCAGAUAAUUCGCGCCGACUCUACUUACCUCUCCGUGCAUAAUAAGCCGAGGCAGCAAUUGCUCUUGACAAUUAACAAGAGCGGGAACCAGCCGAGACGAAUGAUUCGAAAUGAUUUCUCUAUUCGGCGGCCACGGCACUGCGCGCUGCGCGCGUGUCGCCGGCGCCGCCGAUUCGGAGCGGAGCGGAGUCGCGCGGCGCGCGCGACCGACCUCCUCGGUCAGUUCGCGCACGGCCGCCACGGAGUGAGGACGCGUGUCGACGCAUGCACCCCCGGUGCGCUCGCCGGAGAGGCCAGAGUGAGAUAUUUACGCGCUCCGUGUCGCCCGUGCCCCGUGCUCCCGUCAUCCACGAUCGGUCCACGCGAAUGCCGAACGACUGCCAGUCAUGAUCCCCGCCGUGACGACGACGCGACACCACCUUCUCCUGACGCUGCUCCUCGUGGUCUGCGCCUCGUGGACGUACGCCCGGUCCUGGGACGUGGCCGUGGCGAUCGGUAACGAAAUCGAGUAUUUCGCGCGUAACGGUACAUCUAUGGACAUCGCUGGCAUCGACGAAGCCGUUGAAUUGGCUGGAAUAACGUACGACGACACUACUCGAACAAUGUAUCUGUCUGACGUAAGCAAGAAGAAAGAAGGGAAGAAUGUGUCUACAUUUAGCAACGUGUCUAUAUUCCUCCUUCCUGAGGCAAAUUUUGUCUCAACCCCUCUGUUGAAGAAAGAGAACAGAAUGCACGUUGAUGGAAUGGUUUUCGACACGUCGUCGCGCACUCUGUUCUGGGUUGACCCCGUAAAGGACAUCAUCGCGAAGAUGCACAUACCGCGGGAAAGUAAACCGGGCGAUCCUGUCGUCCUGCACAAUCUCACCGGGAACAGUCCACGUGGCAUCGCCCUCGACGUGUGUAAUAGCCGCAUAUACUGGACGAACAGCAACAAGUCGCAUCCCAGCAUCGAGUAUUCUAAUCUCGAUGGUAGUGAUCGGACAGUUGUCAUCAAUCGGACAUUGAUUAAGAGCUUCUACGAGCCCGUGGCAGUCGCGAUCGACCACGCGGAGCAGAAGCUCUACUGGAUUGAUGACGCCGAGGGUGUCCCCUUCAACAUCGGGCGCAGUAAUCUGGAUGGUAGCCAGCGGGAGUUAUUGCUCCAACAGAAUCAUCAGCAGCCGAUUUAUCUGGCGGUGGAUAACGAGUCGAUAUAUUGGUCCGAUCCGGUGUCCAGUACGGUCUGGGCUAUGCCAAAGAAUACUAAGGCUGAAGAUAAUUUGAUCAAGUUUGUGUCAUAUGACGAUCCCAGGAAGCAUCAUCUCUCUCCGGCUGGUAUCGUGACGCGCGAUAACGUCCGUCGGAUCGAUUGCGCGACGAUAAAGAAGGAGCCACAUCUAUCGGUGCUUCCUGUACAACCUGUACCGUCCUAUCUAAUCACAGAGAAACCGGAUGUGACCAUCAAUAGCUCCAAAAACUGCCUAAACGACGGAUAUCUGAACAAAACAGACAAUACAUGCAGAUGUAAAGAAGGGUUCACUGGAUCCUUUUGCGAAAUUUCUUUCUCACUUUCUUGUCACAAUUACUGCCUCUAUGGUACAUGUACUAUAAAUCAACGCGGACUUCCCGAAUGUAAAUGCACGGGCACGUUUAGUGGUGCCCGCUGUGAAAGGGACGUUUGCAAUGAUUACUGCCUUCAUGACGGCGAAUGUUCCGUCCGAGAUGGAAAACCAUUUUGUAGCUGUAAAUAUUCCAAAGGGACUCGAUGUGAAGAGUUGAACGACUUUGCAGAGAUCUGUGCGAGCAGUCGCGUCGGAUUACCUAACAACAUGACCUCGUGCAAGUGUACGCUUAGCGAUAGUUUUCAUAACGGUAUGCUGUUACCGAUAUUCGGAGCCCUCAGCGGUCUGUUUCUUGUAAUAGUCGCCAUACUCAGUUACUAUGUGAACAAAUUACGGAGGCGACCGCGAAUCAAAAGGCACUACGUGGUCGGUAAAGGCGUUACGCCUCUCACAUCUCGGCCAGACAAUCCGUGCGAAAUUACCAUAGAAAAUUGCUGCAACAUGAAUAUCUGCGAAACUCCGUGUUUUGAACCGAAAUUACGAAAUGACGUGUCAAGGAGCAAUAGUAAGAAAAAGGAAGAGAAGAACUUCUUGUUGGAUAAUAUGGAUGAUAAUUCGUGCUAGCACAUGCUACUCCCGUCUCGCAUGAAAUGGCGAAAACUCUGCACGAGUUCUACACCGCGUCGGAGAUCAUAUUUGCGCGGAACCGUCCCGCGUCUGUAUAUAAUACGGCGGCGAACCUUAGUAUUGUUGUUAAGUUUGAAAACAUCCGUAUUGAUGGAAUGCGCAUGGGCGCGCUAUAUCGACGACGAUUUUACUCCAAUUUGGAAAAGGAAACCAAAGGUCUUUUUAGAAAGUCCUAUUUCUUAAUACGUCAUACACAUUAGGGCUGUGUUUUAGAACCAUUUCACUUAGUAGUCAUUAAAUUAAUCAUUUAAUGUUAUUAGACAUUUGUUUUAGGAAUUGCAAAGCUGGACAUUACACGUUUCUCUAAAUCUAUCGAACGCAUUCUCUUUUGUGCGGAAGCAACGCUAAAGUUUUAAAUAAAAACGCGCGAUGUUGCAAUUCGAAGAUACAAACAAUAUUUCUGAUUGUAUUAUCGAAUUAUAUUUCUUUUAAACCUUUGCGCGCGCGUGCUUUAUAUAUAACUAAAUUCUUAAUUGUUUUUAAAACAAUAUUGCAAAAUUUUUAAUUUAAUAUAUAAUAGGUAUAUAUAACUUUUGACAGAAUUAUAUAGAAUUUUGAAUUUAUAAGAUUGUAUUAUCAAUGGAAAAAGAUAAGACGACAUUGAAAUCGGUAUUUGAGACAAGCAAGCGAAGAAAAAUAUGCGCACGCAGUUUAAAACAACUUUAUAAUCUAGAUAUAUAUCAUACAACGUUCUGAUACGAAAAGUUUUGUAACAACUCUUGAAAAUUUCAUAUUUUUGUUCAUUUUUCUUAUAUCAUUUAGACGAGCUUAAAUGUGUGCAAAUUGGAAAGGAGAAAGAGAGAACAAAGUAAGGAAAAGAGAGGAAUCACGGUUACAAGGGUGCAAAAGUUGCCUUAAGCGAUAAUUCUAAUCGUUGCUCAAAGUACCAAUGAGUACAUUCCUGAAAGAAAUUUAGAUCGCGAUAUGGCGUCGCAGAGAUAAAUGAUCCUCUUAUAAUACUUUUUGACUAAGCCGUUCGUCAACGGAUUUUACAGUACGUAAUUGUGUCAGUAAUUUCACCGCGUCAAGUCAUAAUUCGAUAACUUCAUUCCCCAUUCUUUGAAUUUACAUAUAUUCAUCAUAUCACAUUUAAGAGAAUAUUGUCGCGCAAAAGCUUUAUAUCUCGAUUCGAAACGCCUCUCUCUGACUCCAUUUUUUUAGUUAAUCCAUUAAAUAAAUUCACUUCGUUCGCAUUUCCGUAAUCAUGUUCAACCACUGAUCAUUCUUUAUCAUACUGUAAGUACAACAUACGCGUGUAUAUACGUGUACAUACAUUUGUGAAUGUACGAAUGAGCUAUCUCGAGUUGAAUUGUGCUUUUACGCAUUUAAGAUACUUUAACGAGAAUUUGUACUGCUGCUGAAAAUUAAAUUCAACUCGGGAAUCGUUAUCACUGACGUAAAUUUCAUAGUAGUGAUACGAAAAUUUAUGUGGCAUUGUCUAGACAAUUAAAUAUAUAUAUAAUACACGUAUACAUAUGUUACAUUACAAGGUGUAUACUAGAUGAAAAUAGGACAACGUUCAAAGAGUCACAAUACAUAUAAAUAAUCCCCACUCGAAUAUCGAAUGUCCCCAGUGAUAUAAUACACUGCAGAUCUAUGAAACUCUGCCAAGAAUUUCUGGUAAUUUUGACAUUUAUACAUCAAUAAAAUUUGCGACUCUUAGUUUUUCUAAUUUCGAGAACCGUCAGGAUCGUUUUUUUUUAAUGGUAUCAUUUGAAGAUAUCUGUAGCGUUCAUUGCAGAACAAUAUUCCGUUUACUUAACUUCGAAAAUUUUUGUUCUGUAUCGAUGCAACGCAGAGCCAACUUUUAAGUCUUCUUGUUUUCUUCCAAUUUUGUACUGUAGCGAGAACGAAAAAUAAUUAUUGGCCAUUAUUUUAGAUCACGUGCAAUGGUGGUUACAGUGCACAUAGAAAGUCACGUGUACGAAGCGAAUGGUGCACUUGUACAUUAAAAUAUAUUUUAUUUUGGUUUUUUCAUUUUUAAGGAGGAUGAUCGCAAAUUUCAAUCUUUUUAUUCAUAUUUUUGCGUAAUUGGUCAUAAUACAUAGCAGUUAUUUACAGCGUACAAUCCGUUACGUACACCAAAGUUAUUUUUCUAAUAAUAACACAAAACAGAGUACAAUAUUAUUGGUUUGCAGAAAUUAUCGUAUAUUUUGAAUUAAGAUAAUUAUUAGACCUUUUAUGAUGUUAUAUGGAAACUUUAAAUACAGAAAACUUUAUUUUUUACUCUAAUCACAUUAGAAAGCAAACCAAUGAUUAUUAUGUUGUUCAUUUAAUUGUUUAUUUAUAGGAUUUAUGUUAUUCUUUAUGUUACGGAAUAAUGUUCCUGUCGUUGUGACAACAAAUUAUUAUUCGCAGUACAUGACGAUGCUUUUUGUUCCUGUAUACGAUAGAUGCUACUUAAAAAAAAUCGUCAUAUUUGCUUUUUAAAUCUACUAUAUAAUUUUGUACUAAAGAUUUGCGACAUUUGCCGACUCUAUACAUAUAAUAUAUAUACACAUUUAUAAAUAUGAAGAAAAAAAAAUAUAUAUAUGAAAGUUGUGCGAUCGACGUAUCGAUAUUGUACUUGGAAAAUAGCCCUCUCCCACACACUCAUCCCCAGAGACGGGAUAGUGGAUUUAUGGUGAAAGGGUUAUAUUCCUGAAAAAAAAACCGUAAUGAUGUACAAUAUGCAAAAUGUUUACAAUUUUGUGUUAUCUAUUCGAGAUGAUAAAUAUAUUAUAUGCAGUAUUUUCUCGAAUUUACUAGAAAUACAAUUAUGCAAAAAUAUUCAGCUGUUAUUUUAAACAUGAUAUUCAGCACACGUAACACUUGAUAUCUAUCUUGAAUAUUAUAUUUUUUUGCAUAGAAAUUCGAAAAUUUACUGUGUAUUUUAAAUUGUGUACUUAAACUGGACAUGCGAUUAAUCGUACUUAAAUUGUAAUCAAACGAAAAUAAAUAAGUUUAAAAAAAUUAUUUAUAAUUUUGAAAGUAACAUAUUGCAUAUUUUGCAUUUUUCUACAAUGGUUAUAAUACUGGUUGCUAUUGUAUACAAAUUAAAGUGAAAUAAAAUGGAUUAUCUCU